AUGACGGGGCCAGCGAGGCUCCCUCAAGCAGCCAUGCGUCGUGGGCCAACUGGCACUUGCGGUGAGCAGUUUCCGAGUCGAAACGAGUGCGCUGCAGAGGGCAACGAGGCUGAGGGUUUGCCAAGGACGCCGACAAGAGGAACUCGCAGAAGGCGUCGGAACCGCAAAGCCGCAAAUGCACCGAAAAGCAGUGGCACACCGCAUCUCGUAUGGAGGCCCAAAAGUGGCACAUGCGGAGAGCAGUUUCCGAAGCUCGACGGUUUGCCAACGACGCCGAGAAGCAUGCUGGACGGCCGCCCCGUGCCUUUUCUAAAGCCUCCACGAAAGAGCUGGGGUGACCAAAGUCGCAGAACUGAUGCCAGUACAGCCACAGGUGGCCCUUCCGACUCAGAGGAUGUUAGCGAUGGUGAGUGCGGACAUGGGCUCUCAGAGGGGCACCGUAGCAUACGCAGAAGGCAUCGAAACGUUGAGAAGAGGAACGAUCAUUUGCUGACGACGCCACGCGGAAAACAGCAUUUCGUAUGGAGGCCGAAAAGUGGCACAUGCGGAGAGCAGCUUCCGCUUCCAGACCCGGAAAGUGGCAAAUCUGAUGCCAGCACAGCCACAGGUGGCAAGGAUGGCCCCUUCGACUCAGAGGAUGUUCGCGAUGGUGAGUCCGGACGUGGGCUCUCAGAGGGGUAUCGCUGCGAGGUGCAGGCGCUCCGGGAGAACAACGAGUGGCUCCGGCAGCGUGUCCAAGAGCUGGAGUCCAAGUGCCGAGAGAUGGAGCUGCGGCUGGCAGAGCUAUCUCGCGCCGAGGAGCCCGGGGCAGCGGUGCCAGAAAAUGGUCGGCGAAAUGAUCGGUCCGAUGCAGCUUGCCAGACCGAGGGUGAGGACUGCUCUGUCGGUUGGUCAUUGCCGGAGAUCUCGUCCUUGCCGGAGGUCUCGACCGACCCUGAAAGCACAGUUGUUGGUGCUGCGGAUUUUGCUCCCGAAGUCCUCCUGAUGAAAAACCUGCUGCCGUUCAUGAGCGUGGAGGCUCUGCUGUUUUGGCGCGUGCUGUCGACGCAGACCAGAAGCCCCCAGGCCUUGCUUAACCACGUGUCCGAGAUGGGCAGCUUGGAGAGGCCCACAUCUAUCGUCGCUUUCGCGCAAAAGAUGCGCGUGUUUGCCGAAAGCCCGGAUGUCUCCCUCAAGGCAGCCUUUGCAGACGAUGUCGAGCAGCAGAAGUUUUACGAUUGCCGAUGCUGGUGCAUGAUCCUGGCAUCCAAGCAUGAAACCCAUUUUGCCGAAGCCCAAGUCCGGGACAUUGUUGACAAGAACCUCCAAAGUCUGCUUCGCCACUGCCAGAGUGCGGAUGACUCGCUUUCUAAAGCCUCCCACGAUGUGAUUCAGAACUACGCAGCUGAUGGUCUCCCUUUUGUACAGCAGUCUGUUGCAGAAACACUGCUUUGCCGGAUGGAAAAGUUAGUUGAAUCCGGCAUACCUGCCAACAUGAGACCUAUAUGGAGGUGCGCGCAGAAUCUGCAGUUGGUCGUGCGGUCGCUGGACAAGCCUCAGCGUCAGAAGCUUGUGUCCCUGCUGGUCAAACUGCUGCCGGAAAUUCAAAACAAAGCGCCAGUGAUCCAGCACCUGGAGAGACUGUGGCGAGCUGACGACGAUCCCCGGCGAAGCUAUGCUGAAGCCCAUCAGCAGCUGAGGAUUUUGGCAAAGUCGAUCUCAGGAGAUGUGCGGCAGCAGCUGAAACCUUUGAUUUACGGCUUCUGCUGA